AUGUCUCGGUGGAAAGACUUUGCCGGCAACCACCCGCGUGCGGCCGCAUUCCUCGUCCGGGUGCGGGCGGUCCUGCCGCCCGUCAACUUCAUCACCCUUCACUAUGCCUACUUCAUCGUCGUCUGCCUCGUCGCCUCCCUCAUCUUCUGGGGCUCAUCCUCGGCGGACUUCCAGGUCAGCUAUGUCGACAGUCUCUUCUGCGUCGUCUCGGCCAUGACCGAGGCCGGCCUGAACACGGUCAACCUCAGCCAGAUGACCACGUGGCAGCAGAUCAUCCUGUUCCUGCUCAUCAUGUUCGGCGGCUCGAUCUGGGUCUCGAUCUGGACCGUCCUCGCCCGGAAGCGGGCCUUUGAGAACCGCUUCAAGGCGAUCGUCAAGGCGGAGGAGCUGCGCAGGCUCAGGAAUGGCGGCAGCAGUCUCAACAUCGGCCGGCCUCUGCUCCACAAGCUCUCCGUGUCUUUCAAGAAGUCUCACUCGACACCGGCGGAAGGCACGGGGCUGCCGACGACGGGAAGCAAGCUGCCCCCUCGCCCGGAGACCCAGAGCGGCGAGGCGACGUCAAAGCUGGCGCCGCCGUUUCCAAGGCUGGAGCCGGCGGUAUCACCGCUGUCGCCUCCGGUCGAGGGCAGUGGCCCGGGCCUGGUACCUACCUCAAGCGGCCACGUCUCCUUUGCAGACGGCGGGCGCUCGGCCAACCUCGGGCGCACCACUUCAGCAGGCGGCGGCCUGGACAUCCGCCCUACCCGGAGAGCGGGACUGGCUGCUGGUGUGUUCCCCGAGAAGGACACGCACCAGUGGGACGCCCCCAGCUUUCUGACUAGCCGCGCGGCAGGGCGCAACGGUCAGUUCCACGACCUCACCACCGAGGAGAGGGAAGAGCUCGGCGGCUGCGAGUACCGCGCCCUCAAGAUCCUGUCUGUUGUCGUCCCGCUCUACUUUGUCCUGUGGCAAGUCCUGGGGUGCCUCGGUCUGGGUGCGUGGAUCAGCCACAACCUGCCGGGGCCGGCCCUCCAGAACGGCAUCAACCCUUGGUGGCUGGGGAUCUUCAACGGCGCCUCGGCCUUCAACAACUCGGGCAUGUCGCUACUCGACGCCAACAUGAUCCCCUUUGAAGAGGCCUUCUACGUCCUGAUCACCAUGGCGCUCAUGAUCCUCGCGGGCAACACCAUGUACCCGGUGUUCCUCCGCUUCAUCUUCUGGACGGGGCUCAAGGGGCUCGAAUACUUUACCGCCGAGGACGACUGCGCCGACCUCAAGGCGACGCUCGAGUUCAUUCUCAAGUACCCGCGGCGGGUCUACACAAAUCUUUUCCCUUCGCGGCAGACUUGGUGGUUGCUCUUCAUGGUCAUCCUGCUCAACAGCAUCGACUGGGUUGCCUUUGAGCUGCUGAACUUUGGCAACGCAGUCAUAGAGGCCAUCCCCCUUGGCGCGCGCGUCCUCGAUGGCCUUUUCCAGGCUGUGGCCGUCCGAUCCGGCGGCUUCUACGUCGUGCCCAUUUCCUCUUUGUACAUCGGCCUCCAGGUCCUCUACGUCAUCAUGAUGUACAUCUCGGUCUACCCCGUCGUCAUCACGAUGCGCAACUCCAACGUCUACGAGGAGCGCUCCCUGGGCAUCUACGCCGACGACACGACCUCGUACGCGCAGCAGGCCGACCUCGAGCACGCCGCCGACCUCUACGAGCAGCGGUCCGUCGGCGCGGGCUCCGACGCCGCCACCGCCGUCCCCUCGCCCACGACGCGCAAGCGCCGGUUCUCCUCCGGCACGGGAGGGGGAGGGGGAGGCGGCGGCGGCGAGCUGCGGCAGGCGCUGCGCCGGACCUUCGCCCCCUGGCACGGCGUCGGCGUGGCGCCGCCGCGGCAGGCCGGCGACGGGUCCGAGAGCCACAUCGGCUUCAUCAGCCACCAGAUCCACGGGCAGCUGGCGCACGACAUCUGGUGGCUCGUGCUGGCCGUGCUCGUCAUCACGACCAUCGAGACGUCGCACUUCCUCGCCGACCCGGUGCACUACUCCGUCUUCAACGUCGUGUUCGAGGUCGUCUCCGCCUACGGCUGCGUCGGCAUCUCGGUCGGCGUGCCGUCCGACUCGUUCUCCUUCGCCGGCGGCUGGCACGCGGCCAGCAAGGUCGUGCUGUGCCUCGUCAUGCUGCGCGGGCGGCACCGCGGCCUGCCCGUCGCGCUGGACCGCGCCGUGCGCCUGCCCGGCGAGGAGCUGCACCGCGAGGAGGAGGAGGACCACCGGAUCCGGAGGAGCAUGACGAGCCGGAGGGUCAGCGUCGACACGACGGCGUGA